AGGAUCUCCCCGCCCAUGCAUAAGACCCUCUCCAUGAGCAGUUCCUCUCACUCCCUCUUAACCCCGUUCAUCCAGAAGGAGAGCAACAUGGGCUGGCAGAACCAAGGAUGGCUCUUCUCUGCGAGUUUAGUGGUUUUUUGGGCCUCGGUGCGGAGCAUACGGCGGGAGGAGUUUUUUCCCUUCGGCCCAAGCGCUGGAGACCAGUUACUGGAGUCCGGGGAUGACCAGACAUUCCGACUAACUCUCAGCAAGCCAGUGCUCUUCUAUGAUGGCUCGUUCGACAGCCUUUAUAUCAACACCAACGGUUUUGUUGCCACUAAGGAGCCAUUGAACGAGUCGACAUAUCUAGGCAAAUUGCCCCCAGAGUUUGGCGCGAUGGCACCUCUGCACGGAGAUCUGGACACAAGUGACGGUGUGGGGAAAGUGUACUUUCGCCAAGAUAAUAGUCCAGAUGUUUUGCGUCAGGCAGCUGAGCACAUCAACAGGGGUUUCCCAGAGGAAGAUGAGGUUAAUCCCAUCAACACUGUGGUGAUUACCUGGGUAGACAUAGCCAGCCACAAACCCCAAACCAGAGGUGAUGGCGCUGAAAGGAAGAGAAACACCUUUCAGCUGGUUAUUGCAUCCUUGGAGACUGCCUCAUAUGCUAUUGUUCUCUACGCAAGAAAUGGAAUACAAUUCACCUCUACGCUUGUAGAGGACAAUGGUGUGGUCAUGCAUGCAGGUUUUAGUCAAGGUUUGGUCGAAGGUUUCUUCUAUUCUAGCCAGGGAAAAUAUUACCGCACCACCACUGAUGACGAGGCGUCCGUGAGGGCUUUGGCAGAGGAGACAAACUCCGGCUUGCGGGGUGUAUGGGUGUAUGGGAUUGGAACCUCCCCCCAAUUUAGAAACGUGUUUCCUGGCGUGGUCACUGAUCUGCCCGCAGAGACUGUCGACACACAGCAACACACCGAUGGACAAGUGAAAUACUCUCCAGCUGCAGAACAGAUUGAAAUCAAUCCACUUCGGUACCAGCCACAAAACCCAGAGGUUGUGGUGGUCGAAGAUCCGGAAAUAAAUGUAGACGUGUUUUCAUACAACCUUGGGUCAUGUGCCAACAACAGAAAUAAGUGCUCCCAGUUUGCCGACUGCAGAGACUACGCAAGUGGAUUUUGCUGCCACUGCAGGCCGGGUUACUACGGCAACGGGCUACAGUGCGUGGCUGAGGGAAAGCCACAAAGAAUGAACGGUAAACUACGAGGAAAAGUGUUUGUGGAGAACUCUCCUUCUCCCGUGGAGUUCAACGGCAAUGACCUUCACUCAUACGUGGUGGUUAAUGAUGGCAGAUCGUACGUUGCCAUCAGUGACAUCCCUACGUCUGUUGGUCCUUCUCUGAUGCCCCUGCUGGCUCUGAGUAAUGUGAUUGGGUGGGUGUUUGCUCUGGAGCAGCCUGGCUUCAGGAAUGGCUUUAGCAUCAUUGGGGGGGAGUUCACACGGCAGGCUGAAGUGACCUUUCAGCCUGGGAAUGAGAAACUGAUAAUCAGGCAAGAGUUUGAAGGUACAGAUGAACUUGACCACCUGGUAGUGAGCACCACGAUGGAUGGCCGAGUCCCGGCGGUACCUCCAGGCUCUACUGUCCAGAUUGACCCCUACACCGACGUCUACCAGUACGACAGCAACUUGAUCACCUCAUCCUCAACUCGGUACUACACAGUGACUAACCCAGAUGGAUCCGUUGAAACCAGGAGCUAUCAGUGUCGCGAAACCAUCACCUUCCAGAGCUGUCAGCAUGAUGAGUCUUUGAGGGAUGUGACUACCCAGAUGCUGAAAGUGGACCAAAUCUUUGUCUUGUAUGACGUUAAUAAUAAUCUCCUUCGGUAUGCCAUGAGCAACAAGAUUGGGGAUGUCAAUGGAGGACAGACAGAGGAGAACCCAUGUUUCACCGGGAGACACGGCUGUGACACUAACGCUGUGUGCCGACCUGACCAGGGAUCCCAGUUUACCUGUCAGUGUGCUUCUGGUUUCAGUGGUGAUGGUCGUAGAUGUUACGACAUCGAUGAGUGCACUGAAAACCAGCAGAUCUGUGGUCCGAAUGCUAUCUGCAACAAUCAGCCUGGGACCUUCCGCUGUGAAUGUGAAGAUGGAUAUCAAUUUGGUAGUGAUGGACGGACCUGCAUUGAAGUUGAUCGACCCGUGGAUCACUGUGAGGACGGGACGCACACCUGUGACAUCCCUGACCGAGCGCAGUGUAGCUACACUGGAGGAUCGUCCUACAUUUGCUCCUGCUUGCCAGGAUUCGUAGGCGACGGUAGAAUUUGCCAAGACAUAGACGAGUGCCAGCCAGGCCGGUGUCACCAAAACGCCGUGUGUGUAAACACACAGGGUUCAUUCCUCUGCCAGUGCCUCCCAGGUUAUAGUGGCAAUGGCGUCUACUGCUCCUCCGAGAGGACUAAGACACGGUGUGAGGCCCACAGAGACAACGUUCUAAGCACGAUGGAGGCACAUCCGCGUGGCGCCCGACCUCCUAUCAGCCAGUACAUCCCAGAAUGUGAUGAAAACGGCAAUUACCUGCCCAUGCAGUGCCAUGGCAGCACUGGGUACUGCUGGUGCGUGGACCGAAACGGCCUGGAGAUCUCCGGCACUCGCUCUGCACCGAGCAGCAGACCCAUGUGUAUUGACCACAACACUGUGACUCCGACUGUUGGACCCUGGCCUCGCCCCGAUGUCAUCGCUCCCCCUCCAGGGACAAACCUGCUGUUUGCUCAGAGCGGCAGAAUCGAACACAUCCCGCUGGAAGGGUAUGACAUGAAAAAGCAUGACGCCAAGGCCGUCCUUCAUCUCCCUGAGAAAGUAAUCAUUGGAGUAGCCUAUGACUGUGUGGAGAAGAUGGUUUAUUGGACAGAAAUCACAUCUCCUUCAAUCAGCAAAGCCAGCAUGCUGGGGGGAGAGCCCACCGCUGUCAUAAGAACAGAUUUGGAAAGCCCAGAGGGAAUCACCAUUGAUCAUUUGGGGCGAACAAUGUUCUGGACCGACUCUAUGAGGGAUCGUAUCGAGGUGGCGUCUCUGGAUGGGUCUCAGCGCCGCGUCCUCAUCGACACAGAUCUUGUAAACCCCCGCGCUGUCAUCGCCGACCCUGUUAGUGGUAAUCUGUACUGGUCUGACUGGAAUCGCGAUGCCCCCAAGAUCGAAACCUCCCACAUGGAUGGAUCCAACAGACGGGUGCUGGUUAAGGACAGUCUUACCCUGCCAAACGGCCUGACUUAUGACUCACAGAGUUCUCUACUCUGUUGGGCAGACGCAGGCACGCAUAAAAUGGAGUGCAUGAAUCCCAGCCGAGGCGACCGAAGCACUGUUCUGGAGGGAAUUCGGUAUCCGUUUGGAAUGACAUCUUUUGGGAAGACCAUCUACUACACUGACUGGCAGAGGGAUGCCGUGGUCUCAGUGGAUCGCUAUGCUGAAAAGGAGACAGAUGAGUUUCAGCCUCAGAAACGGACCAGACCAUAUGGGAUCGCCGCUGCUUACCCUCAGUGCCUUUCAGGGCAAAACUACUGUUCUGUGAACAACGGAGGAUGCACUCACCUGUGUUUAGCAACACCGAACGGCCGCUCCUGCAAGUGUCCUGACAACGCCGUGGCUGUAGGCUGCGUUGAGAGCGGCUACUGAACCAUGACUCCUGAAAAUGCCACUAAAACAAAACCCAGGAUGAUUUUAAAAGUGCCUUUUUUACCACUCAGUAUUAUUCUUAUCUAAUUUUUUAAACAUUUGCAAAAUCACAACCAUUCUCCCCUGAGAAGUGUAAAUAAAAACUCUGUCAUGUUUGCUAUUUUUCCUCUAAGUGCACAUAAACUGAGAAUAAAUCUGCAGGGAUGCAUAAUUUAAUGUGAAAUUUGUUUUAGCAACCGAUGACAGGAUCUUGUUUCAACUGUGCUACACUGUUUGAAUCUGAGCUCAUCUUGCGUAAUAACGUGGAGCAGCAGAGCGAAAACAUCUGUGAUGCUGGUAGAACAACUGACCAGCAAAGGAAUAAAAGGUUUUUCCACUA